GUGCAGUUUACACAGUAUCUACUUUCGUUAGGUUUUGUUUCUUGAGCUCUGGGUGGCUCCCCAAAAGCUGUUAGGCUAAGCAUACAAAAGUAAAAUAAAAUCAGACACACUGUGGGGACUUGGGAGUCUGAAACCUUAAUCUGGAGAGAAUGAGUUAAGUCUUCAGAGACUGGAAGAGAGGGUGUGCGUGUUUGGUAGGCAGAGCAAAGAAAGAUUAGUCCAGGGUGUCGGGGCAGCUGGAUAGAAUCUUAUACUCCAGCGCAAAAACAAGCGUUUUUAAUAAGAAAGCCCAAAGACGUUCGGGAGAAGGGGAGCAGAAGUGUCCUUCACGUUCUCCUCCGUCCCAGCAAAGUAAGUAAGUGAAUCCCGCCUCAGAUGAACUGCAAAGGCUACAACCUCUCGCUGAGGAGGUGGGCCAGGCGUCACCUGCACAGCCACUUCAGCGAGCUCCAGGUCCGACCUGCCGGAGCCCAGAGGGCGGAGGCCCGAGAGGAUGCGGCCGGAGGUUGCACCGCACAUCCGGGCGCGCCGGAGCCGGCGGCGGGCUGCAUAAUUGAUGGAGGGCCGGGCGCGGCAAGAGCCUCUCGGGGGAACAGGGCAGGCAGCCCGGCCCCUCCCACUCCGCCUUUUCUCGCGCGUCCUGCCCCCGGGACUGGCAGCGGGCGCUGGGCCACCGGCGAGCGUUCACCGGGACUCCGGGCCCCGACGGCAGCGAGCCGAGGGCGCAGCCUGCAGGAGAACCGCGGCGGACCCUCGAGAGCCAUGCGUGCCGUCCCUGGCCUGCGGGGGCCCCGGGGGCCGACGCCCGGGCUGCUCUCCUUCCUGUGCCUCCUGGCCGCGGCGCGCCCGAGCCUGGCGGACGGCGGCGAUCCAGAUUCACCUUUUACAAGUCUACCUGUCCAAGAAGAGAUGAUGGAAAAAUACAAUAACCUUUCCAUGGAGAGUUAUAACAUAUCAUUGACUGAACAGUCCAGUAUGCCAGUAGAAAAAAAUAUCACUUUAGACAGACCUUCUAAUAUACAACUCACAUGCCAGUUAACAACAUCUAGGGAUUUGAAUUCAGUAAAUGUGACUUGGAAAAAAGGUGAUGAAAUACUUGAGAAUAAUUAUCUUAUCAAUGCAACAGGAAACAUCCUAUAUACCCAACACAUGUUCACCAUCACUAAUAGCAAACAAAUGGGAAGUUAUUCUUGUUUCUUUCAAGAAGAAAAGGAACAAAGGGGAACAUUCAAUUUCAGAGUCCCCAAAGUUCAUGGAAGAAACAAACCAUUGAUCUCCUAUGUGGGGGAUUCUACUGUCUUGACAUGUAAAUGUGAAGGUUGUUUUCCUUUAAAUUGGACCUGGUACAGUAGUAAUGGGAGUGUACAGGUUCCUGUUGGUAUUCAAAAGAAUAUGUAUGUGAAGAAUGGAACAUAUGCUAAUGAAACAAGUCUCAAGAUAACAGAGCUUUUGGAAGGAGACGGGGGAUCUUACUGGUGCCGUGCAUUAUUCCAAUUAGGGGAGAGUGAAGACCACAUUGAACUUGUUGUGCUGAGCUUUUUGGUGCCCCUCAAACCAUUUCUUGCAAUAGUCGGUGAGGUGGUUCUUUUAGUGACCAUUAUUCUGCUUUGUGAAAAGUACACCCAGAAGAAACAGCUGGACUCAGGCACCGAGAAAGAAUUUGAACAAAUUGAACAGCUGAAAUCAGAUGAUAGCAAUGGUAUAGAAAAUAAUGCCCCAAGGCUCAGAAAAACUGAACCUGCGGGCCAGUGAAUGCAAAACAUCAUGUCAAAGAUCAUGGGAAGAUGUACGAAGAAUUUAUAUUUCAGCUUUGUUUAUCCUGCCCGUUAAGAGUAUCUGAGUUUUUAUUUUGAUUUCAUUUUAUAUUUUUAGCAUAUCCAUCACAUAAAACAUUUAUUUCCUUGUGUUGGAAACACUCAAAAUCAGAAUCCACUCAAAAUAUACAAUAAAUCGUUAUUAAUUAGAGUCACCCUAUAGUGCUAUAGAACACUAGAACUUAUUCCUCCCAUUUAGCUGUAGUUUUAUAUCCAUUAACCAACUUCUGGCUAUUCUUCUGCUUUUUGUGACAAUCUGAUGUUUGAUUCAAGAUCCUUAUUUCAGAUUUUAUUAUUUUUAAAUGGCAGGGAGGUAGGUACAUUCAAAGUAUAAUGCUUCUGCAUUGUUAGUAGGCCUGAUAUAGACUUGGAGCAAAUGGACAUUAAUAAUCCUUCCUGGUGCACAUACCCUAUACGUGAGUUUUUAUUUUUAAAAGGGUGAAAACUUUGUGUAACAUGCUUAGCAGUAGCUUCAUAAAUAAUAUAUGCUAUCUCAUAUCUAAAGAUAUAUUUUUAUUCUGCCAUCGUUUGAUAUUAAAGCAGGGUAAAUUGUAGUAAAUAUAUUCUAUGAGCUAUAACCUCAUAGAACCAGGUUCUAUGAGCUAAUUAUUAUAGGAUGAUUAAUUUUAUUCUGGUCUUCAAAGAACACACGGAACAGAUACCAGCAAAAUCACUUAAUAGUUCAUGGAACAAAAGUCACUCAAGACCAUUUAUAACCAAAGAAUUCAUUAAAGAGAAAGCUUUUACCAUUUGUCUUAAAAGUUUGUUUUUUUUCCACUCAUGCUUACUAUGUAUAGAAGUAUUCAUAAUCAUGUAAAGUGUAUUCUUCUGUGAUAUUGAAAAACAAUGUCUUCACUAGGGAAUGAAUACUUUCUGCCUUUGCUUAUGAUGGUUACUGUACAGUCUCCACAGCAAAACAAAGUGUUUAUUCAGAAAUAUUAAUAUUUGCAGAAGGCAAGAAAACAAAACCAUAGGCUUGCCUCAAGGCUCUGUCACUACAAAAGCAAAAUUUCCAGUGUUUAUUUCACUUAUAACCACUGCUUUCCCACACAAGACCAAAGUGCCUCUUAGUCUUAAAACAGAGCAGUUUUUUUUAGCCAUGGGUUUUGGACUUCUUAAGGGACUCUGGUAUUGAUGUUUCAGGGCGUAGGCCCACAUAGUCAUAAUGUAUCACUGCUACGUUGUUGCUUUUGUGGUUUAUGGUUUUCCACUAUCUUUGAUUUGAUACCUGAUUUCCUGGUAUCCAUGGCUGUUUAACUAUCUAAAAACAUAUUAAUGCUUUACAAUAAUAACUGCUUUGACUGAAAUCCAGAAGUACUAAAGAACUUUAUGUUGUUCUGAAUGCCUUAGACUUAUCUUCAAAAACAAGAUAAUUGCAUACAUAACUGAAAUAUGUUAUAAAUUCACUAUAAUCAAAUGAAAUAAAAUCUGAAUAGACAUGGAAAAUUAUUGGUGGCUUUGAAUGAAAUUAAAUUCAUGCCACAGGAUACUGGAUGAGGUCAAAGACCAUGAUGUGAAACCUGCUGGGUGUCCUUGGUGCUGGUGGGUCCAAUGUCCCACUGCUGUGGGGCAGCAGUUAAAAUAGAAGCAAAGAAGAAAGAGCUUGAGAUGGUGACAAGGAACCCACAAUGCUUGGUGACUAGGGGAUUAAAGCUUGGGGAAGAGGAGUUCAAAAAUUUCAAGAAAAAUACUUUACAGAAAUGUAUACCAUGUACUGGCUAAGAAAAUUCUAAUAAUAUUUUGAUAGUGAAAAUUAUAUUACAUCCUAACUAAUGUUUACCAAUAUUGCUAGUAUGAAUAAUAUACAUAGUGAUUUGGAAGCUGCUCAUUAUUUUGUUGCUGUGACAAAAUGCAGUAUUUUGUUGUAAAGCCUGUUAGUUAACUACACAUAUAAGUUUGUUGAACUGGAAUACAUCCCUUAAAUAAUGCCAGAAUUCAUUUUAUUCUGUCUCACAGCUAUGCAUUUAUUUUGGUUUAAUUCAUUAUUACUUUGAUAACAUUAUCUUGGGUGUUAGCUAUAUAACCGAUCAGUUAUCUUAGUUAAUCUACACAAGUUGAAUGUGAUGAAACAAUAGUCAGAUCUGCUAUUUGACAAAGUCUAAUUCAAAGUUGUAUAUUUGUAAAUGGGUAUAUAGGAAUCCCCCCCCCCCAAAUGCAGCUCAUUCCAGUAUGCAUCCUUCCAUUUUGCCACCACAUUUUGGCUAAAAUAGUUUUCAAGUAGGAAAAAUUGCUGCCCAAAGGUAAAAUAAUCUGAAAUAUUUAUGUAGUAAAUUGAAUUUUUAAGUGGCAAUUGUUGCAUUUAUUGUUUUCUAGCAAAGACAAUUUAUUUCAGCAACUUUAAGCAGAAAAAAUACUCAAAAAUUAAUGUUGAUUUUUGACUUUUCAGAGAUUCUCUGAAGGAUUUCUGGAAAAUUACAACUGUUAGAUUAAAAAUGGACUGCUUCCAUUAACUAACCUCAUGGAGCUGAUAAAUGGAUUAAUGAAUAAUGACCAAUUAUAAAUUGACUACAAAUACUAAGGAGCAGAAAAGCUGAAGUAGGAAAAUUACUCCAAGUUUAUAUAUCAGGCACCUUGGCAAAUUGUUCUCUUAAUCUUUCCAGCUAACAGAGUUUUUUAGCAUAAUAAGUAGAUUUAAUGAUGUCAUAAAAUUCCCAGAUACUUUCAUAUUCAGUUUAUCCUAAUGUGUAAAUCUUCUUCCUUUGCAAUCUUUUGCUUUUCCCCAGCAUCUAGUUACUCAGGCUCAAAUCUACAAUUCAUUGUGAUAUUUCCUUCUCCUUUGUUAACUAAUACUUAUUGGUUAUGGAUUCUUCUUCUUUUGACCUUUUUAAUGGUUCAUGAAUCCACUUCAUUGUUACCUCCUCCCUACCCUUACCAGCUGCAACAGCUAAUGCCUUGAUUUUCCUACCUUAAUCUACGGUUCUAUCAAUCCAUCUUUUGCGUGGUGUUCCGAAUCUUCUUUCUAAAACACAAAUUUUACUAUGCAACUUAAUAUGACACAUCAAGUAUCUGCCGGCUGACCUUUGCCAUUUCUUAAUAUUGCAGUCCUUCAAAUUGCUCAUCUGUCUCCAGUGUCUUGAACUAGCCUUGGCACAUAGAGACUUGGCCCAGAAUGCUCUACAUAUGCUUCUCUCUGCUUGACUAACUCAAGGUUAGCUUUCAAGACUUUAAUCUGAUGUUCUUUCUUGGAGGAGCCUUCAUACUCAGUGGGUCAUACACCAUCUUAUGUGCUCAAAUAACUCCACGUUUCUUUGUGUUUAUUACCCUGUAUUGUAAAUUGUACAUUUGUUGGUCUCUCUUCUGGAUUUUGCCUUUUAUUUCUGUGCUCUAUACCUACUGCAGAGAGGGUACAUUAGAGAUGUCUUGAAAUGUGCAUUGAAGGGAUGAAUGCACAAAUAAAAAUUAAAUUUCAUAAAUGUGGACUUAUUUUGAGAAAAACUAUCUUGUG